GCACCUCUUUGGAUCUCGUAAAACACACUCUCUCUCUCUCUCUCUCUCUCUCGCUCUUUCACAGUUUCACUUGUAUCCGAUCCAAAUUUUCGGCGUCAAUCUCGCCCAGAUUCAGUGGGAGACUGAGAGCGAGCAAUGGCUAAUCGGAAUAUCGAGAAGUUGGCGUCAAUCGACGCCCAGCUUCGACUUUUGGUUCCGGGGAAAGUGAGUGAGGAUGACAAACUGGUCGAGUAUGAUGCUCUGCUUUUAGAUCGGUUUCUGGAUAUUCUCCAAGAUUUACAUGGGGAGGAUCUCAAGGAAACGGUUCAAGAGUGUUAUGAGCUUUCUGCUGAGUAUGAGGGUAAGCAUGAUCCUAAGAAGCUAGAAGAGCUUGGAAGUGUGUUGACAAGCUUGGAUCCAGGGGACUCUAUUGUUAUUGCAAAGUCUUUCUCCCACAUGCUUAACUUGGCCAACUUGGCUGAGGAGGUCCAGAUUGCUUACCGCAGACGGAACAAGUUGAAAAAGGGAGAUUUUGCUGAUGAGAACUCUGCAGCAACCGAAUCAGACAUAGAAGAAACUCUCAAGAGACUGGUUGCACAAAUGAACAAGUCUCCGCAAGAAGUUUUUGAUGCUCUGAAGAACCAGACCGUGGAUCUAGUCUUCACUGCCCAUCCCACACAAUCAAUUCGUCGGUCUUUGCUUCAGAAGCAUGGAAGGAUAAGGGAUUGUUUGGCCCAAUUGUAUGCCAAAGACAUUACUCCUGAUGAUAAGCAGGAGCUUGAUGAGGCUCUUCAGAGGGAGAUCCAAGCUGCAUUUCGCACAGAUGAGAUUCGGAGAACCCCUCCAACUCCACAAGAUGAGAUGAGGGCGGGAAUGAGCUACUUCCAUGAAACAAUCUGGAAGGGUGUUCCAAAGUUCCUACGCCGUGUUGACACAGCUUUGAAGAACCUAGGAAUUAAUGAACGCGUUCCUUACAAUGCCCCACUUAUUCAAUUUUCAUCUUGGAUGGGUGGUGAUCGUGAUGGUAAUCCUAGGGUUACUCCUGAGGUCACAAGGGAUGUUUGCUUAUUGGCUAGAAUGAUGGCUGCCAACUUGCACUAUUCCCAAAUAGAGGAUCUCAUGUUUGAGUUGUCUAUGUGGCGCUGCAAUGAUGAGCUUCGUGUUCGUGCAGAUGAACUCCACAGGUCCUCCAAGAAAGAUGCAAAACACUACAUAGAAUUUUGGAAACAAAUUCCUUCCAGUGAACCGUAUCGUGUCAUUCUUGGUGAAGUGAGGGAUAGGCUUUAUCAGACACGUGAACGCUCUCGCCAUCUGUUGGCCAAUGGGUACUCUGACAUUCCAGAGGAUGCAACUUUCACCAGUGUUGAGGAGUUUUUGGAACCUCUCGAACUAUGUUACAGAUCACUCUGUGCAUCUGGUGACCAAGCAAUUGCUGAUGGAAGCCUUCUUGAUUUCUUGAGGCAAGUGUCAACUUUUGGACUUUCACUUGUGAGACUUGAUAUUAGGCAAGAGUCAGACCGUCAUACUGAUGUCAUGGAUGCCAUUACCAAGCACCUGGAAAUUGGGUCCUACCGAGAUUGGUCAGAAGAACGUCGACAGGAAUGGCUUUUAUCUGAACUCAGUGGCAAGCGCCCACUGUUUGGACCUGAUCUUCCUACAACUGAAGAAAUUCGUGAUGUUCUGGACACGUUUCAUGUCAUAGCGGAACUUCCAUCAGACAACUUUGGAGCAUAUAUAAUCUCAAUGGCAACUGCACCAUCUGAUGUGCUUGCAGUUGAGCUCCUGCAACGUGAAUGCCAUGUGAAGCAACCAUUAAGAGUUGUUCCGCUGUUUGAGAAACUCGCAGACUUGGAGGCUGCCCCUGCUGCUCUAGUUCGGCUUUUCUCAAUAGAUUGGUAUAGAAAUCGAAUUAAUGGAAAGCAAGAAGUUAUGAUUGGCUAUUCAGAUUCUGGUAAAGAUGCAGGACGGUUUUCUGCAGCCUGGCAGUUAUACAAGGCUCAAGAGGAUCUCAUAAAGGUUGCCAAGCAAUUUGGUGUGAAGCUAACUAUGUUCCAUGGUCGUGGUGGUACUGUUGGAAGAGGAGGUGGACCCACCCAUCUUGCCAUAUUAUCUCAACCUCCGGAUACUGUUCAUGGAUCACUCCGUGUUACUGUUCAAGGUGAAGUUAUUGAGCAAUCGUUUGGAGAGGAGCACUUGUGCUUCAGAACGCUCCAGCGUUUCACGGCUGCUACUUUAGAGCAUGGCAUGCACCCACCCGUUUCUCCAAAACCAGAAUGGCGUGCAUUGAUGGAUGAAAUGGCCAUCAUUGCCACGGAAGAAUAUCGUUCUAUUGUUUUCAAAGAACCACGAUUUGUUGAAUAUUUCCGUCUUGCUACACCGGAGUUGGAAUAUGGUCGGAUGAACAUAGGAAGCCGUCCAUCGAAGCGUAAGCCGAGUGGAGGUAUUGAAUCACUCCGUGCAAUCCCAUGGAUCUUUGCCUGGACGCAAACAAGGUUUCAUCUUCCAGUGUGGCUAGGCUUUGGAUCGGCAUUCAAACAUGUUGUUAAGAAGGACAUUAGGAAUCUCCAUAUGCUCCAAGAGAUGUACAAUGCAUGGCCUUUCUUUCGAGUCACCAUUGAUUUGGUCGAAAUGGUGUUUGCCAAGGGAGAUCCUGGAAUUGCUGCUUUGUAUGACAAGCUCCUUGUUUCAGAAGAUCUGUGGCAAUUUGGAGAGCGGUUGAGGGUCAAUUAUGAAGAAACUAAGAGGCUUCUCCUGCAGAUUGCUGGACACAAGGAUCUUCUUGAAGGGGACCCAUACUUGAAGCAAAGACUCCGCCUCCGUGAUUCCUACAUCACUACCCUUAAUGUUUGCCAAGCCUACACAUUGAAGAGAAUCAGGGAUCCAAACUACCAUGUGAAGGUGCGGCCACACAUCUCGAAGGAGUUUAUGGAAAUAAACAAAGCAGCUGAUGAACUUGUGAAGCUGAACCCAACAAGUGACUAUGCCCCUGGUCUUGAGGAUACUCUCAUCUUGACCAUGAAGGGUAUUGCUGCAGGCUUGCAGAACACUGGUUAGACUUGUGCAAUUCAGUGUUUUCUUUUUGCUGUUUUUCUGCAGAAAAACUUGCCUCGAGAAACCAUAAACUAUAUGCACCAGAGGUGGAUGCUCUUUUAUAAUCCCCGGCAGCAUCGAAAUUUGGUUGAGCAAAUCUGGGUGACCUUAUAUGGUUGUAAUAUCAUAUAUAGCUGUGCUCGAAUACUACUAAAGCCAGCAGUUUUAUUAUAUAGCCAUACAAGAGUUGAACUUGAUGGGACUUUAUUUUUAUGUUUUACUAUAAAGAUGUCCUAUGGGUUUUAUGUUUGAAUAAUUGUUUUGUGU